CCUUCCUUCCACGUUUUUUCAAGUGAGAUUUUCUUUUAUAGAUCGGCUACAAGAUACGUUCAUCCGGUCAAGCGGUGGUGCCUUUGCCCUAUCCAACACCCUUCCAAGCAUCACCCUGCAGAGUGCUAACCUAUCCAGCAUGACAAACAUAGAGGCCGAUCUUCACUGGUUUAUCACAGCCACCUCCUACUCCUGGAUCCAGGUUGAUGUCCUGGAGAUGGAGCCAGGAAUGGGGGCCUAUGUCUGCAUCUUCGACACCUUCAAAACCUAUGGAGAAUGGGUGUGCAUGACGAACUCGGUAUCGUCCACCUCGUGGUAUUCGUACGAUGACGAGAUCAGGUUGUCCUUCUACGUCCAAAGAGGUGAUCGGCCUGGCUCUGGCCUGACGGUGAACCUGACUAUCAUUGAUCAUUUAACAUGGAAUGGUCAGUCCCUGACCAUACCAUCGUGCAACCCGAAAGUGACUCUACAUGAAGCUGAAACCAUCAGAUUUACUUCACCAUUCUUCAAUCAAUCUGUUGAAAAUGUAAAAUACCAGUGCAGGAUGACAUUCACCAACGGAUUGCAGCCAGCCGGCAUUCAGUAUCAUCAUCUCGAUGUCAUAGACAGGGUUAUAGUUCAUACAACAGAGUUUGGGGAUUUGUUGAAACUCGCGGAAGCUACGGGUAUUCAUAUGGGCUCUUUGGAUUCCCCCAUCAUCUCUGUGUCACCAACUCCAGAUAUUUCCGUUGACGUGAAUAAACCAGAUUACCAGGGGACUGAAGUUGGUCUAAUGGUGCAACCAUAUACAGAAGACAUACUGAAUGUAGGUCCAGAGCCUUUGUCAUCUUUCGGCCUCGCCAUGAAACUUGAUAACGCCUCAUUCCAACAAGACUUCAUCAGCCUUAGCUACCCGGUUCUUCCCAAUGCGGUCAUGAACUUCAAAUGGCUGUUCGACAAUCGCGUCACUGGUACGGCCAUCAAAAUUCAAUUCAUCGAUUUUGACAUCGGUGCGGCCACCCUUUUUGGCCAUGUAGCAGAGACGAACACACCUCUAUGCCAGUUGACAGGUUCAGCGAUUCCAGACGAUAUCCUCACGGACACGACGAGACUGACGCUCCUGCUUCAAUCGGAUUCUCAAGGCAUAUGUUGCAACAGAGGGAUUUACUUCAACUUAACACUGAUAACAAUGAUCGAUGAAUGUUUGGGCUCUCCUUGUCUAAACGGAGGAACCUGCUUCGACGAGUUUGAAUCCUUUCGAUGUCACUGUCCCAACGAGUAUGAAGGAGGCUUGUGCCAGAACCAAAUUACCACACAAAGGCCGAUUCAGACGACGGAUAGCUCAACUACAGGAAAAGGUUUCGUAGUCCUAACAUUCGUCAUAAAUGUUUUUCUUCACACUUUUUAA